AAAAUUCAACAUUAAACGGAGAAAAUAAAUCAUCCAUAAUUAGAACGGUUGAUGUUAUAGAUUCCGUGUAACCCUUAGUAUUUCUAAUCAAGAGUUCUAAUUGACUUCCUACAUUGACCAAAACGCGGAAACGAAUUUCUUAACCGCCUUUAUUCGUGAGAUGCAAAAUUCGUUACCGCGUUGGCGCGUUCCUUGUGCUUCAAGGUUGACACCGCACUCUUUAUAAAUAGAAUCGCCCUCAGCCCUUGAGAAAUUCGAAACUUGACAAAAACUUCAUCCCAAACCUUCUCUCUUUUCAUCAUCCCCAAUCUGUAAACCCUAACCCUAAAUUUUCCUCUCUCUCUUGCAAAUCCAUUGCGCUGCAAUCGAUUUCAUCGUUAAGAAUCCUCCUCACAUCUUCGUCUACCAUUCGAUUCUUCCGUGUGAAUCUCGGUUCACGAUUUUCCGUUCUGAAACCAGAGGAUUUCUGGUUGUUGGAGUUUGAACAAAGUUUGACGGUAUCCGAUUGAACGAUUUCUGAAAUCAGAAUUCGAAAUUGAAGAACUACGAAUCGCCAGGGUCAUAUUGCGAUCAAAACUUACGAAUUUCAGAUAAAAGGCGAAGGCGUUCCAGAAAUUUGAAUCGAACGGUUUUCGCAUCAUCUGACGGAUUCGGCAUUGUUAUACUACAAGAGGACUUCAAGGCGAAAAAGAGAUAAAAAUAAAUCUUUGUACUUUUGUUUAGUUUUUUUGAGAUUCAAUUUAAGCCCUAUAAUUUUGUUUUUAGGGUUUACUUAUUGCGUUUUUGCGAUAUAAAAUUGUUUGAUUGAUCGAUUUCUCUGUGAAAGAAAGAAUAUUCCGAGAAAUUAUGGCUGUGUAUUAUAAGUUCAAAAGUGCAAAAGAUUAUGCUACAAUUCCUAUUGCUGGCCCUUUUAUAUCGGUUGCCGAUUUAAAACUAACAAUUAUCGAAUCAAAACAUAUGAGAAGAGGUACAGAUUUCGACCUCGUCGUUUCCAACGCUCAAACCGAUGAAGAAUAUCUUGAUGAAGCAAUGUUGAUUCCAAAGAGCACUUCUGUUCUUGUUCGUCGAGUUCCAGGACUGCGCCGUAUGAACAUUGUUGCAGAUAUGCAAAAGCCAAAGGUUGAAAAUAAUGCUGGGGAUGAUCAACCUGCGAAAAGCAACAUCACAUCUGCUGAUUCUUCAGGCUUUUUAGAUUUUGGACCUUCAGUAAUGGAUGAUGAAUUUGGGAGUAGUAUAUAUGACACUAUCCCUGAGAUAACACCAGGAAAUUCCAGCAAUCCAGUUCAGGAUUUGAUUUCUGCAAGCAAAGCUGACGAGGACAACAAGAUCAAGGCUUUAGUUGAAAAUUCUGGUUUAGACUGGCAGAAUUCGCAUACUGAUGGUUUCGGCCAAGGGAGUGGUUUUGGAAGAGGUGGACAAGGUGGCCGAGGAUUUGGCCGAGGUGGUACUUUGGAGUCAAAAACACCUCCACAAGGCUACGUUUGUCAUAGGUGCAAGGUUCCUGGUCAUUUUAUUCAACACUGCCCUACAAACGGUGACCCAAAUUAUGACAUUAAGAAAGUGAGACCUGCUACUGGUAUCCCAAAGUCAAUGUUGGUACCUACACUGGAUGGCUCCUUUGCAUUGCCGUGUGGCACUGUUGCUGUUUUGAAGCCAAAUGAAGCUGCCUUUGAAAAGGAAAUGGAAGGGGUAUCUUCUACUCGGUCUCUUGGAGAUCUUCCACCAGAACUUCAUUGUCCACUGUGCAAAGAAGUGAUGAAAGAAGCUGUCUUAUCCAGCAAGUGUUGUUUUGGUAGUUUCUGUGACAAAUGUAUCAGAGAUUAUAUCAUUUCAAAAUCAAUGUGUGUCUGUGGGACAAGAGAUGUACUUGCAGACGAUCUUGUGCCAAAUAAGACACUCCGGUCAACGAUUAAACGCAUCUUAGAGUCUCCUGGUAACAGCAGCGUGGAUAAUCCAGGGAGCCUCAAUUUUCAAGAUAUGCAGUCUGCACACUGUCCUCAACCUAAUACUCCAUCACCUACUCAAUCUGCUGUGUCAAACGUAGAGCAAAUGCUACCACCAGAUUCCAAAGAAACUUCAAAUGUGAAGGAGAAUAUUACUAAAGUUCCAGAUGUACCUGAAGCAACACAAGAAUCUAUAACUGUGAAGGAACCUGCAUCACAGGGUAUUCCUUUACCUGUCGUUGAUGAAAUUAGACCAAAGGUGGCUUCUAAUGAAACAGAUAAGAAAAAGAAAAAGAGGAAGGAGUCUUUUCCUGUAAAUGCUUCAGGCAUGCAAUGGAUGCAGCCUAGUAUGGACGGAUACGCAUUCAAUCCUUGCCAGACAAGCAUGCAACCUGCUGUUAAUGGAUUUAUGGGUCCUUUUGGUGGUAACAUGCCAUAUAACAUGGGGUAUGGUAAUGGUAUGGAUUUGACUUUCGGCAAUUUUAUUCCUCCAGAGUUUUAUGGGCCACAAGGGUUCAUGAUGCCCCCAAUGCUUCCUCCUCCGCAAAGGGAUUUUGCAACAAAGUUUGGUACGAACAUGAACGUCAGACCAACAUCAAUAAGAAACGAAGAGUUUGUGGCUGGGAAGUUUGAAGUGCAAAGAAAGAAAGAGAUGGAGAGACGAGUUGAGAGGGACCUUCCUAAUAAAGAUCGUGAUUAUGGCAGAGAAGCAAGCAGCAACGCCAACGUCCCACCUGUGAAAUCGAAACAUAAGCCAACAGAAGCACGCAACUCCUCAAGGGAAGAACACAACCACAAGUAUCAUGAUCAUGACCAUGACUAUAAGAGGGAGAAUAAGAGAACCUCCAUGGACCACCACGACCGUGACCAUGACAACCACCAUCGGGUCUCACACAGUCACCGUGACUCGUAUCUCCCUCGCCAUGCCUUAAAGAGGAAACCCGGACAUUAUGAGGUCGACUAUGAUAUGGAUCAAGAGUCUCGCCCUUGUGGCCGCUCCAAGUCAUCAUCCUCGAGGCAGCAGCCAUUCAAAGCAUCCGCCGGGCUUUCGGACAAGCAUAAGAUGAGGGCUUACUCAAGAAUUAACUUCCAAGACGAAGAGCCCAGCAAGAAGCGAAGGCAAGUGUGUGUAUAGAUUAGCUAGGUGCCUUAGUUGUAAUGGCCCGAAAGAAAUGUAACUCCCUCUUUGUUGGACUUUUGUCUUAUUUUUGGACAAAAGUGAAGUAUAUAAUAAAGUCAUAUUUUUUUUAAGUACCAUUA